AUGACCCCUACUCCUUAUUUUAGCAGUGUUAUCUCUGAAUCUGCUUUCAGGGCUCGUUUUCAAGCCGAGAAUGGAAAAAACUUUUCGCAGCUAAAAGUUGUCGCCGCCAGUUACUGGGGACGGCCUCAUUUGCUUGCAUGUCGUGUAGUACGGCGGGACCCGCAGCGCAAUCUGCUUCCCAUUCUAUCACAAUAUGUGACAACCUCUGAUAUACAUUCUUCAUCCAACGAAAUCAGCGCGUUCUUACAAGGUCCCGAUUUGACGUUCAUGGCUCAGAGCGAGCACUAUUUAGUGCGAAGGUCUAAUUGUGGUAUCUCACUUGCUCAAAUUUGGGCAGCCAUGGCCAUGUUCAAGGGGAACCAGGACCGUCGCACGCGAGAUAUACCUACGAUGCAGGAACAAAACGAAAGUAAGAAUGACAACGACGACGAGGCACGGCAGCCCAAGCGUCUUAGACGACAUACAUUCCAGCCAGACUUCGCCGACUCUAGUGAAAUACAAGUUGGCUCUAGUAGCCCACCGCAAGACGGCUCGUACAAUGGCUCUCAAGGGUCUUCCCUGGGUUAUGUCGACCCUGAUACACACUAUCUGGGUACAACACCAGAAGACGACACGCUGCGACUCGCGUCGUGCGUUAUUCGACAUAUACUUUAUUUUGCAUCGCCCCAAAACUCAGCAUCAAAUCCAAUUGUUGUCGAGUUUCGAGAUGCAAAGACAAGACUCGCCGCUACAACCACGAUUGGAGACCGGCAAAUAGUUACCAUUGACGAUGGUGGCCUCUGUUUGAGACGGCAAAACGAAAAUGGCAAUUUUAUCCUUGCGAAUAACCACGUUGCAGUGUUGGAAGCGAAGACGCAAUUCCAGUGUCUAGAGAGUGGACGACCCAUUAUCUCUGAUAGGAGUUUUGCACAGAUGAUUUGCGAAGCGCUAGCGACCAGAUUAUCUAACGGUGGCAACUCGUAA